GAAUCGGUUUCGUUCUGGCCACAACCAUUGAUCACGUCUUAGCCGGCUGCAGAUCCCGGAUGGCGGAUCGCCGAUCCCGAGAUUCGCAUCCAGAUGGAAAAUGAAGCGGGAAAGCAUCUCCGGUGCGGAAGCAGCGCACGUCGCUCUCCGGCCCCCCGAGCUUCAUUUAGACAUGCAUCUUACGUGAUACGGGCCCCGCGCUCCCCGGCGGAGACUCUCUUCCGGUCUCCGGUCACGUGGGGAGAGCGCUCUGCACUCUGUGCUCUGCAUUUUAGACGCUGCACCGUUAGCCAAGAUUUGUUUUCGUCUUUCUGGUGCGGCAUCCAACAUCUCCGUACUUAAAUCACGCGGCGCUCAACUGGCAUGCGAGUUAUGCAACAUUCUCAGAAGCGAGCGCACCCAGCGACCUUUUAAGCGCGUCUGCCCUGCUCCAAAUCACCACUGCCACUCCAGCGCUGACCGCGGUCGCAACCAAGGUUCCACGCAAAGCAGGCGCACUAAGGAUACCAGCCCUUCAGAGUCAACUCAAUCAGAUGAACCCAGGAUCACGAGGACAAACUAGUUGCAGUCAAGUUUCGAGUCAUCUGAAGUAGAGUGCCCACCAUGACGCACUGCCUUUGGUCGACACUGCUGGGCCUGCUGUCCGUGCUCUCCAUGGCCACCAGUCGCUCUGUGCGGCAACUACCAAGCGGAUAUCCACCAGUGCUGCCUACCGGAUACUACGGACAGCCUCCCUAUGCUUACCCACCCUACGGCUAUGGCUACCAGGCGCCACCACCCGUUUACCAACCUUACUACGACAACGUUUUUGGCGUCUUCAAGAGCUACCCCGGCGGUGGGAUCCCUGUGCGGUUCGAUUACAGUAAUCGCUGCUCACGCAACUACAUUGGCAUCAAGCCCCAUCCCGACCAGCAGCAGUACUACUACGUCUGUAAGCCCGACUGUGUUAUCUUCAGCAAAUGCCGCAGUCUUGAGAGCUUCGACGCCAGCAGCGGGCGAUGCGUGCAACGCGUUUCACAGCACAGACCGGACCACAGGCCGCCGCAGUGCCAGAAGGAGGGCCGCUUUCCACACCCUCACGACUGCCAGGUGUACUACAGGUGCGACAAAAACCGGACUCAGCCUUGGCUAUUCGCCUGCCCGUCGGGCACCAUUUUCUCGCCGGUGGAGCGCAAGUGCUUGCCCGGCGACCAGUGCCCCUCGACGGAGAUAUCGGACAGUGGCAGCUACAUUCCGCAGAACUGCGAGCUGAAGUUUCCCGAGUGCGCCGAGGAAGGCACCUUCCGUUCCCCAACGGACUGCGCCCUCUACUACACAUGUCGAUUGCAGGAAAGUGGCACCUAUCUGCAAACACGAUUUAAAUGCCCCGGCAGCAAUAGCUUUGAUCUCGAGGGAAAGUUGUGUCGCCCCCGCAGUGAAGUCGACUGCUUUGACUAUGUUCCGGGUCCCGUGCAGGUACCCUACGCUCCACAGCCCUACUAUCCACCCUAUCCAGCUGCACCACCGCUAUACGAAGAGGACGACUACGAUACGGAAGCCAAGGAGCAGCAGCCUGCCCUUAAGUCGUACCCCUCAUAUAAGUACUCAACCCACCAUCGCGCCAAGGAAAUGGCUGCAGAAAACUUAGAGGUUCAGCAAGAGGGCGUUCCGCGCAAUCUUAAGCUCUCGGAGAACGUUCCCGACCUGCCCACAAUGUCAGCGAGUGCAGCUUCCAAUCGUGAACCGUCAAAGGAUACCACCAAAUAUCAAUACACCGAUACUAAUCCAGCCAAGAACGAUGUUACGGAGGCUCCGGAACUCAAAUCGCCUUUAAAGGGCUUGCACCUUUCGCAACAUAUUGUCAUUAUCGAAAGUAAGACUACCAAACCACCAGUGGUGUCUACAUGCCCAACAAUUCCACCACCAAGUACAACUCUCAAACCAAGCACAACUUCUACAGUCACAAAAACCACCGAAGUCAUUUCAAGUAGGGAACCACAUAGAACAACGUCCGCGAAAAUAACUACUAAAAGGCAUACAACAGUUACUAAGAAAACCUCAACAGCUACCGAAAAACCGAAGACUACUGUAGUGACAAGAACAACUCAAAAACGAAGUACGGCAACCCACAACACUUCCCCAGUUAGAACAACAACAAUAGGAUCUACAACGAUUACUCCGAAAACAUCGACAGUUGCAGCAAGAACCGAAAAGACAACGAUUAGUUCUCCCAAGCCUUCUACCAAAAAAAGUACCGAAAAUACAACCACGACCUCCGUAAAAACAUCUGCCAUCACUAGCUCCACUCAAAAAGCAAUAAGUACUACUUCCAAACCGACUACAACGACCCAGAAAAUAACAACGCCGACUCCGAAACCAACUACGCUGAAAACUUCUACUCAGAAACCAAUAACUUCUACUCAGAAAGAAUCCACGGUUACUAUUACCACUAAAAAAGCUACAGAAAGUUCUCCGUUACCAACACUAAGCACUGAAAAAGCAACUACAGCUCUCAAACCAUUGACAACAACGAAUACUACUUCCGAACCGACUACAACGACCCAGAAAAUAACAACGCCGACUCCGAAACCAACUACGCUGAAAACUUCUACUCAGAAACCAAUAACUUCUACUCAGAAAGAAUCCACGGUUACUAUUACCACUAGGAAAGCUACUGAAAGUUCCCCGUUACCAACACUCAGCACUGAAAAAGCAACUACAGCUCUCAAACCAUCGACAACAACGAAUACUACUUCCGAACCGACUACAACGACCCAGAAAAUAACAACGCCGACUCCGAAACCAACUACGCUGAAAACUUCUACUCAGAAACCAAUAACUUCUACUCAGAAAGAAUCCACGGUUACUAUUACCACUAGGAAAGCUACUGAAAGUUCCCCGUUACCAACACUAAGCACUGAAAAAGCAACUACAGCUCUCAAACCAUCGACAACAACGAAUACUACUUCCGAACCGACUACAACGACCCAGAAAAUAACAACGCCGACUCCGAAACCAACUACGCUGAAAACUUCUACUCAGAAACCAAUAACUUCUACUCAGAAAGAAUCCACGGUUACUAUUACCACUAAGAAAGCUACAGAAAGUUCUCCGUUACCAACACUCAGCACUGAAAAAGCAACUACAGCUCUCAAACCAUUGACAACAACGAAUACUACUUCCGAACCAACUACAACGACCCAGAAAAUAACAACGCCGACUCCGAAACCAACUACGCUGAAAACAUCUACUCAGAAACCAAUAACUUCUACUCAGAAAGAAUCCACGGUUACUAUUACCACUAAGAAAGCUACAGAAAGUUCUCCGUUACCAACACUCAGCACUGAAAAAGCAACUACAGCUCUCAAACCAUUGACAACAACGAAUACUACUUCCGAACCAACGACAACGACCCAGAAAAUAACAACGCCGACUCCGAAACCAACUACGCUGAAAACUUCUACUCAGAAACCAAUAACUUCUACUCAGAAAGAAUCCACGGUUACUAUUACCACUAAGAAAGCUACAGAAAGUUCUCCGUUACCAACACUCAGCACUGAAAAAGCAACUACAGCUCUCAAACCAUUGACAACAACGAAUACUACUUCCGAACCAACUACAACGACCCAGAAAAUAACAACGCCGACUCCGAAACCAACUACGCUGAAAACAUCUACUCAGAAACCAAUAACUUCUACUCAGAAAGAAUCCACGGUUACUAUUACCACUAAGAAAGCUACAGAAAGUUCUCCGUUACCAACACUCAGCACUGAAAAAGCAACUACAGCUCUCAAACCAUUGACAACAACGAAUACUACUUCCGAACCAACGACAACGACCCAGAAAAUAACAACGCCGACUCCGAAACCAACUACGCUGAAAACUUCUACUCAGAAACCAAUAACUUCUACUCAGAAAGAAUCCACGGUUACUAUUACCACUAAGAAAGCUACAGAAAGUUCUCCGUUACCAACACUCAGCACUGAAAAAGCAACUACAACUCCGAAACUAUCGACAACAACGACUGCAACGACAACUACAGUGGCAGCCACUACUCGACUUACAACAACCACCAUUUCCAAAUCCUCUACGAAAACUACGUCGUCUCAAAAGCCAGAUUCUACCACGCCUAAACCUACAACAACGACGAAUCCAAAGACAACAACAGUGAUCAUUUCUACUCAAAAUCCCACAACGUCCACUCCGAAAACCUCCACGGUAAUCAUAACCACACCUAAACCAAUUUCGAGCACACAAAAGCCGACCAGUGCAACUUUCCAACCGACAUCAGUUACGGCAACAUCUAAAAGUAUCGGGACCACGAAGGUUGCAACUACCACUACUCCGCAAAACUCCACCGCCUCCACUGCAGUGACCACUGCCACGCGAUCGCCAUGUGCCGAUUCCAACUCCACCUCAGAUAAGAACACAAAUCCUGCAUGCACACAAGAACUCGAACAAGUGAAUCUACUUGAACUACAAUCACCACAGAAACAAGUAACGCUCACCGACACACAACCCAACACUUCAUUUAGCGGAAGAAGGAACACUUUGGACGGGCAGGAGGCGCCGGACUACAUGGACGAUGCACCGUCCUCCGCCGAGGCGCAAUCAGGGCAGGCCACAACAGCUAGGGCUCAAACCAUGUCCACGCUGGCGGCGGCCCACAUCCUGCAAAAACUGUUCCACAUAAUCUCCACCACGCCGCCAAGCAAGGAGCAUGCUCCUACUCAGCGACCAUCCAGUCAGCAUUCCUCCAGCCAGAGCCCGCGAGGAGUGACCAUUGCUCAGAUGGCCAGGCACAACCUGGCCACCUCUAAGCCCUUUAUCGCCCACUCCCUACGGCUAUCCAUCCAGCAGCUGGCCUCUACCCAGAAGGGCUCUGUCCAGCCCACUAGAAAGGAGCCGGAGGACUCCGAGUACUACGACAGUGAGACAUCGGAGCAGUACGCGGAUGAGGAGAACGAGGUACUGGACAAAACCCAGCCAAGGGCUAUGUCCAGCACCACUGUGGCCGCACUGAUCCCUGCUGCUCCGUCUACGACCACUAAACCAGAGUCACAUAUAACCACCUCCUUGCCAAGACAGACCAGGGCAGCUUCCUCUACCACAGCCCAGCCGAUUGAGUCGCCAACUGGAGAGCUGGAAUACGGCGACAGCUCUGAGGGCUCUGACUAUGUCAACGACGCGAACGACAUUCCGAGCGGUGUAGUCACCAGCCUGGAGGCCAGGAAGAACUUCCUGAUCAGCCUCCUGAAGCAGCGCCUAACUCAUACAGAGCUGCAGAAGCCAUUACCGGCUGCGACCACAUCCACAACACCAGGUGCCCCUCAGACAUCAAGCAGCAGUGCAGGUCCUGCGUCCACCACAAUCAAGAGCACUCUUGCGCUCACAAGUUCGACCGCACGACCAGGUCUGACUGCUAGUAAGCAUUCAGGUCCACAGGCACCUAGUCGGCAGAAAAGUUUGACACCUUUGAGUGAGGAAUACUACGAUGAGGACGAUGACUACAUGGAAGACGAACCCGCUGGCUCUUCUGAGGCUAAGAAAAAGGAGACCGGCGCAGUCUUAGUAGACGAUAGGCCACCGGCAGCCACCGCCAAGCGACACGUGGCGCAGCCUGUAGAGCAGGCGAUGUUCAAUAGACUAGCAAGCAGGAGUAGGGAAAGCGAAGUAGAAAUGAAUGCUGCAUCCGACGAGCUGCUUAAAAGAUUGGGAAGGAAGAAAACUCAGAUUCCCACCGGAAGUACGCCCAAUCGCGCAUCAGCAGUUGCUAAGGCUCUAAGGCGCAGACUUGCCGCCGAAGUUGGGCAUCCUUCUGGACUAACCGUGCCACACACAUCAUCUGAUCCAAAAGCAACCCAAGCAGUCAUGCAAACAACGACACGAACUGAAUCAUCCUCCCAAACAACACCAUCGACAUCCACAGAAACACCAGCGACACAAGCAAGCCAAAAGGCUCGAACACGCGAGUCCGGGGAGCAAAAACCAGAGUCAAUCACACAGAGUACACUAGAAAUGGUCACACAGACCACUCCAGAAUCAGCGCCACCAGCAACAGCUGUGCCCGUCGCGGUGCGCCAGGAAGUGCUGUCGGUGAACAGCAGGCCCUGGUUGCUGGCGGCGCGCAACCAAACCGUCCACCUCACACCCAUGUCCUCCAUAUCCAUCUCCUCCGACGCUCGAACGCCAAGCAACCCAGUGAGCCACGCUAACCGUUCGUUCAAUCCACUAGUGUCCAGACCCGGGGACCACUCCACGGAGAAGGUGCCGCAGCUCAUCGUGAAGGUGUACGAGCCCAUCGACCUGAAGAUCGUCUUCUGUCCGCAGUCCUGCGACCAGGACCACGACCACAAAUACGGUGCGCGUGACAGGCGAUUGUUUCCAGUGAUCUCGGCUAGGGACGAGCCAGGCGGAACGAACUUGGAGUGGAAGCCAGCAACGCACUAAUGUCCAAGUUCGCUGAUACAGCACCACCCCCUGCCCGCUACCGCCCACCGUGGCGGUCUCAUGUGCGCGGCGACAAAGUUUUUAUUCCUUUGUUUAGAAUAAGCAUAAAUGCGCACGUGUUCCGGCCGCUUUAGUGCACGGCAGAUUGGCGGGUGGCGAGAACGGGAAUGGGAACGGGAACGGGAACGGGGCCGUUAAAUUUUAAUGCGCCCGUAUCGAUACGCGAGCAUGGUCCGCGCCAGCGGAAUCUACAAAAGCGAAAAUCGCGUGUCACCAUCGUGGAAUUCCUGUUCCUCUAACGCUGCCUGCGAAGUCUCGAUAAGGCAAUUGGCAUCUGGAGGUUAGUUGCCGGGCCGAGAAUGGCAGCUGCAUCGCCACACUCACUCAUACUCUGGAGCCCAUGGGAGCUCGCCUAUGAAUAUCCCAUGAGCUCACGCACUUCCACAUCUGCUCGUACUUUGCGUAAAUUCGCAAUGUCGCAACUCUAAUCAAUACCGCCAAAAGUUGACUCAGACCUCAACGCGGAGUCCACGCGGAGAUGGAGGAACGUCAUCCAAAGCAAGGAUAUUAGUUACAGGAUAUUCUAAUAUUUCGUUGUACCUUUUACAUUAUUUGCCAAUUUACCUAUUGCCUAUUGAACUAAAUUUCGAAAUUUAAAUGC